AUGAAUGCUCUCUCACUUAAAAACCCGGCCGUCAUCCUAGAACACAUAUCACACCAUAGCCAUUGCCCUCUCAAUGUCAGACUAUAUAUACCACCAUUAUCAUCUACACAAGUCAAAGUAGCAUGCCACGGCAUAACCACGACCUUCUCAGAAACCUCUAUAUCAAGAUCAAGAUCAAAAUCUGAUCCUGAGCUUUCAAAUUUCAACAUUCUGUCUUCAGCGACAACCACUUCUGUAACCUUCAUCACCGGCGUACCUUGA